CCACAGAUGACUUCUUGUGACGAGAUAGUCCAGAUUGUAGGCGGCCUGGGCUCAGAUGAAUGUUUUGUUGGUAUAUAAACGAGUGUCUUUGCCACUUAUAUCAUGUAUCCUUCUUGUCUUCUUCUUCAAGCAGCAGGCCGAGGACAACGCGCUCAGUAACAUCAACACCGAUUAGGAGAACACGUUCGCGAAGUCAAGAUUUGAGCUCAGUUGGCUCGAUGGCUUUCAACGAAACCGGGAAUGAGCAAAAUGCCUGGGUGGAGUACCUAGGUACGUCAACACAAGAAGCCGUGGACCGUUUGAGUGCUGUGUCAUCGAUACCGAAUGUGUACACGCAGGGCCUGAUGUCUGCAGAAGACUCACCUCCCAUCAAUUCUGGUAAUCCCGAAGACGUGUGGGUCUACGACAGCGGGCUCGACACCGUUCUGGGCAUUCCCAAACGUGGAACCUGGCACUACAAUCGAAGAAGUCCGGGAUGGCCAGAGCUUCUGGGCAGACCGUACAAGGAAGCAAUUGAAACUAUAAUUUCGGAGGAAGUUGGGGUCAAUGUGAUUUUCGGACCAGAAGGAUUUGGGCGCAUAGAGAACAUCGAUAUGCGCCGAGUGUGGUUGGACGUGGACCAAAAUGGAAAUGUGGCCAUCGUUCCACAUAUUGGUUAAGUCUGAGCUCCAUUUGUAUAGCUACAAUGUUCCGACGUGGGAACAUGUGUCUGCAACCAGGUUGCAGAAGAACAUAGAACUUUUUGAAAGAUCGAUCCCAGAAGCAAAAGCUACAGACAUAUGUAUAAACUCGUGCCUUUUUACUCUCUGCAUUCUUCAUGUACUGCCGGUGCAGUUUACAAUGCCAGUAAGUUGUAUUGGAAUUUUCUGUCUUCUCAUUCUUGUACGGUUUGUGCACAGAGCACACUUUUAUGGUCCGUUGCGAGAAGCACUUAGGUUCUAUAUGUACAGAUAAUAAGUAACAAGUUUACAGGACAUUCUCAAACACCUUUACAAUUUCAACUUUUACAUAAUAUUUUUAGCACCCAGAGAUUACAAGAUUUCAUUCUUUGUAUUUCCUUAUCGAUCCAGUACAAGAAAAUUGCC